AUGGAUGGUCCCGUACCUCCUGCCUUUGGUAAGCUGCGUCAGCUGGAAGUUCUCGAGUUGGGAGGGAACUUCUUCUCCAGACCACUGCUUGCUCAGCUCGCAUCCACACUGCAAACGCUGGAUCUGACAGGUUAUAGAUUUGAGGAACCGAUUCCAUCCAUAGGUUGGAAACUGACCAGCUUGGGGUACAUUAGGGCCGACAGCUCGGGCAGCAUUCCGUCGUUCCUCACCAAGCUCGAGAAACUCCUUGUCUUGAAUCUCAAAGCAAGCUUGUUCACUGGCUCCAUUCCUUCCUCCCUUGGCCAACUAAAAGGCCUAGUUCUCCCAAGCUUACAGGGAUUGGAGUGUAUUUCAAAAGAGGCUGGAUGGACGCCUGGAAAUUUCAACAACGAAUCACCCUACUCGAUCAUGUUUGGGCUGGACAAAUGCGGCGCCACCAACAAGGUCCACUUCAUCUACAAGCACAAGGGCCCCAAAUCCGACAAGCACAUCGAGCAUCACCUCAAGUACCCGCCAUCGCCAGUGGCUGACAAGCUCUCUCACGUCUACACGGCAGUGAUCUACCCGAACAACACGCUCAAGAUCCUCGUCGACGGCAAGGAGGAGAAGAGCGUCGACCUCCUCUCGAGCGACUUCGAGCCGGCCGUGAUCCCGCCCAAGACCAUCCCCGAUCCCGACGACAAGAAGCCCGAGGACUGGGACGAGCGGGCGAAGAUCCCCGAUCCGGAAGCGACCAAGCCCGAGGAUUGGGACGAGGACGCUCCACUGGAGAUCGAGGACGCGGAGGCGGUCAAGCCCGAUGACUGGCUGGACAACGAGCCGGACGAGGUUGACGAUCCGGAAGCUAGCAAGCCCGCGGAUUGGGACGACGAGGAGGAUGGCGAGUGGGAGCCCCCGAAGAUCAGCAACCCAAAGUGUGAGGAAGCGUCUGGGUGUGGAGAAUGGAAGAGGCCCAUGAAGAGGAACCCGGACUACAAGGGGAAGUGGCAUCCUCCGAUGAUCGACAACCCGGCUUACAAGGGGAUCUGGGCUCCGAAGCAAAUACCGAACCCGGAGUACUUCGAGUUGGACAGGCCGGAUCUAGAGCCGAUCUCGGCGAUAGGGAUCGAGAUCUGGACGAUGCAGGACGGCAUUCUUUUUGACAACAUCCUGGUGGCGACCGACGAGGCUGUGGCAGCAGAGUACAGGGAGACGAAAUGGAAGCCCAAGUACGAGGCUGAGAAGGAGAAGCAAAAGAUUGAAGAAGCGACUCCGAGUCCUGACGGCAUCCAGGCAAAGAUGUUUGAGUACCUGCGCAAGGUUGCCGACAUCCCGGCUUUGGCGUCACAGAAGGAAAAGAUUCUUGAUCUUCUGGAGAAGGCCGAGAAGUUCCCAACCAUUUCUUUGAGCGCCAUAGCUUUGAUCCCGCUCGUCGUGGUGGUCACGCUGUUUAAGAUUCUAUUUGGUGGCAAGAAAUCGCCCCCCAAGAAGACGAAGGUGACUGUAGAGAAGUCCAAGAAGGAAGACAUCUCCAGCCCGGACGAUUCCAAGGACAAGGCGGAGGACGACGCGGCAGGCAACGAGAUUGAGAAGGAAGGCGAGGGCGCCCGCCAAAGGAGGACCCGACGCGAAUCGUAAGAAAACAGGAGGCGAGAGAGAGCUAGAAGAAUCAAAGCUUUUACUCGAUAGAAGACAAGAGAAG